AUGAAAGGUUUCGGUCAAAGGAAAAGCUUUGACUUUGACGAGAUAUUUUCACCGGUGGUGAAGAUGACAUCCAUCUAUACUGUGCUGGGACUAGCAGAAAAUCUUAAUCUGGAGGUUGAGCAAAUGGAUGUGAAGACUGCCUUCCUUCAUGGUAAUUUGGAGGAAGAGAUUUACAUGGAGCAACCAGAAGGCAUCAAGAGGGAGAAAAAUGAGGACUAUGUGUGCAGGCUCCGUAAGAGCUUCUAUGGCUUGAAGCAGGCGCCAAGGCAGUGGUACAAGAAGUUUGAGUCUGUUAUGGGGGAGCAAGGCUACAAGAAGACUACUUCAGACCACUGCGUAUUUGUGAAGAAAAUCUCAGAUGGAGAUUUCAUCAUAUUAUUGCUCUAUGUGGAUGAUAUGCUAAUUACUGGGCAGAACGUCUCAAAGAUCCAUAAUUUGAAGGAGUUGAGGAAGUCUUUUGCCAUGAAAGACUUGGGACCAGCAAAGCAUAUACUUGGCAUUAGGAUCGUUCGGGAUAGAGGAAGUACUUCAACGUUUCAACAUGGAUAA